CUUGUACAGAGUGGCUAGAGGAAGCAUAGAUUCAUGGGCGGGUUUGGACCGGGCGCCAGUGGUAUAAGAAGCCGCGCAGACGCAGAGAAGAUAGCGAUGAGGGCCAAACAGGAGCUAGUCAGUCCAAUUGGCAGAUCGAUCUGAUCUGGGCGGAGAGGGCUCCAACAGAUAGCUUGCAUGUAGCGGUUGCGCUUUGGAGGGAUCCAUACAACGAUGUGUAGUAUGAACUAUUGAAUUUACAGUAGUACAUCGAGUGUAUGUAUCUUUCUGCAUGUAAACUGCAAGGUGGUGGAUGCGACCGACUGCGGACGUUGCCCGCUAUGCUGAACGCCUGAGUACUCUCUUGAAUUGAUUUCGUCUCAACAACAAUCUCGGGAUUGCUGUAGGUGUUGGACGAAAUGAAAGGAGACGGGAAGGGCAUUUUCGAUGGUCACAAAGUCUUCUCACGGAAGUCCUCGGAAGCAUCCUUGGAGGACAAUUCUGCCAUGAAGUCCCCAAGUUUGGAAGAAGGAAUCGGUAUGAAGGAGAUGCCGCCUACAACUUCUGGAAACACCUUGAAGAAACGUCUGAAUAGGUUCUCUCCUGUCGCACUUGUCAAGAGGCUCGGAGGGAAUGGUGGCAACGAUGACAAUCCGAAGAAAGGACUCGGCACGCUUUCCGGUGUUCUCAUUCCAACGUGUGAGAAUAUGUGGGGAGUGCUGAUCUUCCUUCGGUUUUACUACGUUGUGGGAAACGCGGGUGUAUGGCAGUCAUUUCUCGUUGUUUUUAUUUCGUUUCUGUGCGCUGUAUUGACGACUAUGUCGUUAAGUGCCAUCGCUACGAAUGGACCGAUUGAGGAAGGAGGCACCUACUACCUCAUCUCAAGAGCUCUUGGGCCCAAAUUGGGCGGCUCAGUUGGUUUCAUGUACUACCUCGGAGUUUCGUUAUUGGCUGUACUUGAGUCACUUGGAGCGGUGGAGAUGCUUCUGUUUACUUUUCCAAGUCUCAAAUUUGUAUCUGCCAAUCGUGUGCUCGGCGCCAUAAUUCUCUGCUUCUUAUGUUUUCUGGUGUAUUUCGGAAUAUCUUUCGUUUCCAAAUUGAGCCUGGUUUUCUUUGCGGUGGUUUUGUACACAAUGCUUUCAUACUACUUGGGAUUGUUUACUGCACCUGGGAAAAAGGCUCCCGAUAAUAUGACGGGUCUUUCAUGGAACACAUUCAAGGGCAAUUGGAAUUCGGGCUAUAGUUCGGACGCUUCCUUCUCCGUAGUCCUUGCCGUUUUCUUUCCUUGUUUCACAGGAAUCCUCAGUGGUGCAGACAGGGCUAAAGCUUUGGCUCGUCCAGAGAAGUCGAUACCUGCUGGAACAAUUGGAGCCGUUUGUAUCAGUUUGGUGAUGUAUCUAUCUUACAUGGGACUUUGGGCCGCUGUUGGAACAAGGGGAUACCUCUUAGGAGAGCUUCCUGAUGGUUCACAAAGAGGUCACGGUGGUGGUCACGGUAAUCUGGAUGUCGUGGUUGACGUUGCCUUUCCCCUAGCCAUUCUUACUCAACUUGGGAUCAUCAUAGCCUCUAUGGCUCAAGCAUUUCAAUGUCUAAUCACAUCUCCAAGACUUCUCCAGGCUAUUGCUGGUGAUGGGGUUAUUCCUUUCUUGGGUAGAGUGGCCAAGACCUCGACUAAUGGAGAACCUAGGGCGGCGUUGUUGGCCACCACAGUUCUCUGCGUUUUAGCAGCUAUGAUUGGAAGUCUUGACGCUGUUGCUCCCCUCGUUUCGAUAUGUUUCUUAAGUUGUUAUUCCGCUCUCAACUUCUCCUGCGUGGUCCUCUCUAUGCUAAAAGCUCCAAGUUGGAGGCCGAUGUGGAAAUACUAUCAUUGGUCUUUUGCUCUACUGGGUUUCAUUCUCUGUUUCGGCAUGAACUUUGCUAUCAAGUGGUACUGGGCAAUUGCCGCUGUCGCGUUGCUGGUUGCCUUGUAUAUCUACAUUGACUACCGUCAGGUGGAAGUCGACUGGGGAACAGGUUUAGGAGGAUUACGUUUGCAGCUUGCAGUACAGAGCAUUCUAGCCGUGGGACAUGAAGCACGCUACAGUGUUAACUGGAGGCCGCAACUGCUUUGCCUUUGUAAACCUCGGUCGGCAAGGUCUUCAGAUGAUCAUGAUAAUCAAGAGUUCCUUUCAUUCGUAUCUCAACUAAAGAAGGGUAGAGGACUCUGCGUCAUGGCGACAAUUCUUGAAGGGAAGUUGGAGAAAAUGGGGGCACAAGUAGAUGCGGAAAGGUUGGAACUUGAAAACUGCAUGCAAGCAGCAAAUGUAACUGGAUUUACCAGAGUGCUGGUGGCUCCAUCGUACAAAGAGGGUAAAACAUAUGCCAUCCAGUCGUCAGGACUCGGAGGUCUUGAGCCUAAUACGUUGGUGCUAGGUUGGCCUAACAAUUGGCGUGAAGAUGAGCACUAUCAUAAUUCUGAGGUAAUGCUGGAGAUAUUGACCGAGUGCAAAGCUGUUGACAAGGCAGUUCUGCUUUGCAUGAACCUAGAUGAGUUUCCAACGAGUGGGGCUCAACAAGAAGGGUCCAUCGAUGUCUGGUGGAUCGUGCAUGAUGGUGGAUUACUGUUGAUGUUGGCUCAUCUUCUCCAACAGCAUAGAGUUUGGCGAAAGUGCAAACUUCGAGUCUACACAGUCGCUGAGAACGUUCAUGAUCCGGCGGUGGUGAAGAGGAACUUGAGAAAGCUUCUGGAUCAGGUGCGCAUACAAGCUGAUGUACAAGUUCUUGAGUUGGAUGAAACUGGUCUAGCACCGUACACUUUUGAUUACACAAUUCGUUUGGAAGAAAGACGCGCUUUUGUAGAAGAGAUCGCCCAUUACAGAAUGGCCCAAGAGGAUCGAAAGAAGGCUUUGGAACAGAAUGCGAAAACAAUCAGGAGGCCCGCCAAUCAGCCAGCCGGACGAACGGUAGAGCAAAUUUUAAGUCCCAUGUUAGCAAGGACCAAGUCUGGAGAACGAGAGACCCUUGACAAUAUAUUUAAAGACAUUCCUCCCACGAUGCAUAAUAACUCACAAAAUGUUUCGUUUAGUGGACCCCUUCCAACCGAUUCAAACAACUUGGCAGAUAAAUCAGCAGUGACUUAUCAUAGCACUAGAUAUCCCUCAGCUCUGGGCAGCGGAAGGCUUGAACCAGGCUCUAAACAAGGUUCCACCAGAUAUGUUCCUGAUAACUUAGAGCUUGGAAAGCACGAGUUGUUGGCGAAACAGCAAAGCGAGGUCCUACCUAAGCUCGAUAAAAGUAAAUCAGGCCGAAGCAUAGAACAGAUUUUGAAGAAAAGCGUACCGACAGAGCUAAGUAUGCUCGAUGGAGUCCCUCACCAGCCUCGCCCUCGUAGCGGACCACUCCAUGCCCUGAAAAUGGCGGGGAACGGCGAUGCACAGAGCUUGGAUGGAGAAAGCACUCCAACGGAAGGCGGCAGACUUGAAGAAAGCGAGUUCAAGGAAACGCUGAAACCGAUUCAAGCCAAGCAUGAAACUUUCUACGACGAAAAACAGACCUCAAGGAAAGAGACUGCAAAUUCCGCGAUUCAAAAGAGCACAAUGCCAUCCACGUCUCUUCUGUCGCCAAGCACACCAAAAGUACAGCAGCUAACUGGAGAAAAGUCUUCCACACAGCAGAGGGUCGGCAAGGAAACUAGGUGGGCUGAUGACUGUGGACAGGGACUUCGGAGGUCAGAUUCAGUGGAGAUAAAUGUAGAUGCAAGGAGCGAAGAUGAUUCGGAAACCCCAGGGGAAGGAGGGAGUGUGAAGCCAUUGACGCGGAUGGGGAGCGCAGGUCAACUCUAUCCUGGAUCCCCCCACCAUUCUAUGUCUGAUUUUGGAGAUGUUGAUGCUGUGAUUCCGGAAACAAACCGGACUUGGGAGACCUUCAGUCAAAGUUACUCUCCAAAGAAGUUAAAUGAUAUGAUUCUCGAACAUUCCAAAAACGCUCAAUUGGUUCUGCUGAACCUCCCAGAUCAUUACCACGGAAUGGAACCUGAAACCUACAUGCAGUAUUGUGAAAAUCUAACCGAAGGACUAAGGCGUGUACUUUUAGUUCAUGGAUCUGGAAAAGAGCUUUGGAACAGCGGAGCUUAGUGAUCCGCUGUAUUUUUUUGUAGUGCCAAGAGGCCUCUUAUGAUAUGUUUCUUCAGAGCUGAACAUUUUUUUCGAAGUUCAUGCUUGCAACGUCUCUGUCCGUAGAUAAAGUAAAUCUUAAGGUGUUUUUGUGACACGUCAUGCUGCCGAGGUCCGGCAGUAUACAACAGAUUUGACAACAGAGUACACCCAGUGACUUUUAGCCUGUUCUUCGACGUGAUGACUCCAACACGCAAUGGAGGUUCACCGGGAUAAAAAGAUAUUCUUGCCAUCGGACUGACCGAGGGAGAUGAAGGAGAUUGAGAAAUUGUGUAAAGUACUGCUUAUAGUUGUUCGGUUCUUUAGUAUACCAUUAGCAAAGUUUGUCCGGCACUACAUACGAACGUACGCAUCAGACUUUGCAAUGUUUCCGGGCUAGUUUUCGAGAAGAUCCGGUGACAACUCGUAUAGUUCCUAUGAAUAAGAGCUUGGCCAAGUGCCAGUGGCCAAGCGAGGUUACACAUAAGGCUGGUAGUCAGUCUAAGAAUGUACAGACGAAGGAGUAUGUAAAUUAUC